AUGCAACUCACCAUUCCCCUCAUGCUCGCCGGCUUAGCCACAGCCCUCCCCUCCGCCGCAAAAGUGAACACAAUCAGCCCUGAAGUCAUCUGGAGCGUGUCAAACUUCACAAUUGGCUGCUCCCAAGGUGGCUGCAUUUUCGAAUAUGACAUUGCCGGCCGAGCAAACUCCGAAACCCCUCCCUUCAGCACCCACUGCAGCGGCGCCGAGAAGAAACGAGUCUACUGCGACGACAAGAACAUCACAACCACCGUCUCGCCGGCUGGCAACCCCCUCUGGACUGUCGAUGUUACCCACCGCUGGAAUACCUGGCUCGAUCCUACCUCCCUCGCGACUUGGUACCAGUCCGGCGCGAAGAAUGUUACUGUGCCCGACCACAACCCUAUCAAGUUUGUUAUGCAGCCUACUGAGGAGUAUGGUGUUGCGUAA